AUCAGAAAUGGAAAGUCUGAGAGUGUGUGUGGAGCCAAAGAGGGGACAGCAGUGGUGCGGCCAGUUUCAUGUCUUGUGAUUUAUUUUCUCCCUUUCUUUUUGGACUUUAAUCUUAAGUGGACAGCAAUUUGGAACAGUGUCAGCACCUUGUUGGAUUGUGCUGUUUGGGAGAGGUGACACAGAGUAUUUUAAAAGAGCAGGUUAAGAACUUUUCAUAAGGAAUCAAUUGAGAGAAAAUAAAAUAGAAACAGACUGUCCCACAUUUGGGCUGAGCACCAAACAUUUUUUUUUUUUUUGAGACUGAGUCUUGCUCUGUCACUCAGGCUGGAAUGCAGUGGCGCGAUCUCGGCUCACUGCAGCCUUCGCCUCCCGGGUUCAAGUGAUUCUUCUGCCUCAGCCUCCCAAGUAGCUGGGAUUACAGGUGCCCACCACCAUGCCAGGCUAAUUUUUGUAUUUUUAGUAGAGACGAGGUUUCACCAUGUUGGCCAGGCUGGUCUUGAACUCCUGACCAAGUGAUCCACCUGCUUCGGCCUCCCAAAGUGCUGGGAUUACAGGCACGAGCCACCGCACCUGGCCUCAAACAAGCUUUUUAAUUGCAUUCAGAAGUGCACCAACUAGGCACAGACCUCUGGCAUGGAGACAGAAUGGGAGGUUCUUGGUGUCUGGCCUGGUCUUGCAGAAAUCAGGGAGUUGCGGGGACCAGGCAGCCACUGUGCAUCAGAUAGGAGUUUCAGCAGCAGGCAACAGAAAGCCUGCCAAUGUAGCUGAAAUAAGAAGGGCUUAUUUUUAUCCCUGAACAGAAGCUUCCAGCACUGGUUCAUCAGAUCAGGGCACUGAGCUGGCAUCCCCAUUUAUACAGUUUUCCUUUCCUUCACCUUUGUAAGAUGCCUGGCACAGCUCUGAGCAUCAAAUAUCUGUGCCAUGUGGGAGCACACGAGGGGACAAGUGAGGAAUAGGGUCUCCUCCGUCCUCUGUCCCCAGGCUGGCUUCUCUCGUGGUAGAGGGACCCCCACAGCACCAGGCCUCAUAACUACCCUGCUGGUAAACUGCAGGUGCUGUCACGGCUUCCUGCCUCCGUAUAUGAAAUGUUCCUUGGCAGUUGGACUGCUGUUUGUUUACCACACGCACAGCUCUGCUGCCUCUUGGUUAUACCAGUGAGCUAUUGCUCCAUGACAAGCCACACCGAAAUGUAGGAAGCACUUAUUGUUGCCCACAUGUCUCAAGUCAGUUGAGUGUUUCUGCCAAUCGGGGCCUGGCUUGGCCCACCUUGGCUGAGCUUGCUCUGGUGCUAGGGUCAGCUAGACAGGUCGGCAGGAGACCAGCUGCUCUAGAAGAGCCUGGACAGGAUGAAUUGGUUCUCCUUCCACGUGCAUCUUGCAUCCCUCCAGCCAAGGAUUAGAACCCAGGUCUCGUCUGACUCCAAAUGCACCAAGAGGAUGGAUCCCAGAGUGACACAGAGGAAGAGGCCCCUGGAUGGAUGCAUGGGGAAGAUCACGGGAAUUACAAGUGACAUCCUGAAGUAUGAUCACAAAUGUUUCAAAUUAAGCCUUCCUGCUAAGUUUCCAGAGGUGUGUGGCUUGGACGAAGUGUUUCCAGACCCCGAUCUACUGCAUGUCCUGCCUGUUGCUGGUUCUUUGCAGCAGGCCAUUGACCAAUGCUGUCUACAGAUUGAGAGCCUCUGCAGGCCAGGGCUGCUCUGUGCACAUCCUACGUUACUAUUCAAACUGCACAGCAGCAUGAAAAACAGGCCCUUCUUUUCUCUCAUUUACACGUAUGUGAAGAAGACACAGCAAGUGAGAAAAUGUGACCGAAAGCCAUGCGGACAGGUGGCCGCAGGGCCAAACCCAACUUCCGUGAUGUGA